AUGAUCAAACACCGCCGUAGCCCGGGCGCCGCUCUUGAUCAGAGCUCGCUCGGCGGGGCGGCGGGAGUGGAACCCGAAAUCGACAAGGUUUCGGAGCUGGGUGUUUCGGAGUCCCCGAGCCAGUGUGAUCUCGGCCGGGUCAAUAUCCGGGAUUGCACAGCACUCGCAUCAGGAGACCCAGCAACUCCCGAGACUGUCUGCCGAUGCAAACCCGUCACGACCCGCCCGCCUGCGCCUGAGCCAAUCUGCACGACCCUUGAAACAAGCCCUCGCCGUCCCCAAGCAUCUCCUGAGCCGCCGUCCCCAACCACCACCCAACACGAACCCGAGAUCCCAAGCCCGAUGGAAACCAGCACCAAGCCAGCUCCAGCGAGUCGCACCAUGUACGAGGGCGAAGACGAUGCCGAGCGACGAGAGACGGCUGUGGGCGGCUCGAGACGCCGCGCGGGCCAGCAGCGGCUCGAGUACACCGGCCUGGACGACGACGGCCAUCCACUAAACCAUGUCCAUCCACACACAGACCCGGCCGAGAAGAGCAGUCCCAAGCAGUUCGGCGUCCUCAAGAUGGAGGCCAUCAUCGAGCGGCUCCGUGCCCGCUCCAGUCGCUGGGGCGUCCGGUCGAUCUACAUUGCGAUGUACAUCCUCUCGACAAUCACCUCCACCGAAAAUAACUCGCUGCCGCUCAUCGAGCCGUACUUCCUGAGCCUCUUCGGCCACCACAGCUCGCUUGCGACCGUAGGAAUCAUGACCAAUAUAGCUUUUGCCGUUGGGAAGCCGCCCAUGAGCAAGAUUAUGGAUGUCUUUGGUCGGGCUGAGGGCGUCCUAGUGGCGAUUAUUCUCUACCUAAUAGGCGCCAUCCUCACGGCCUCAUCCACGGGGGUGAUCCAGUACGGGUUCGGCAGAACAGCGGCGGCCCUAGGCUCGCAAGGCCUGCAGCUAUCACAGAUGAUAAUUGUAGCCGACACAUCCUCGCUGACCUCGCGGGCAUUGCUGACCUCGACGAUCACCUCGCCGUGGAUAUUCACGACCUGGAUCGGGCCCGUCGUCGGCUCCUGGUUCCUGUCCAAGGGCGCCUUCGGCUACCGGACGAUCUACCUCGUCUUCGGGCUUGCGGUCCCGCUCUGCGCCAGCUGGCUCGUGCUCGUCUUGUGGAUGGAGUGGCGCAAGCUCAACAGUGAAGCCGGCCCGCCUGCCCGAAGGAUCGCCCUGCCCACUUCCGAUCUCGACCAGGAGGACCAACCCGGGGGCCUUUGGAGUCCCCCUAACUCUCCUAAUACGAUCCUCUACAACUCCCGCUCUUCGUCUACUAGUCUCUGGUCAGAGGCCUGGGAACAACUCGACUCUGUCGGGCUCGUCUUGUUGACUCUGGGCUUCGGCCUGCUCCUGUUACCGCUCACUUGGUCGGUGAAAGAACCCGGCGUCAGCUGGUUCACUGUCACAAGAUGUUCGUUCUUCAUCGUCGGGGUCAUCGUUUUGGUUUGUUUUGGAAUCUACGAGAACAAGUUUGCCAAGUUCCCGGUUAUCCCUCCACGGCUAGUUGAACAACGCACGGUCCUCUUGGGUUCGGCGGUGUGCUUCUGGCACUUCAUUUGUCAAUUUACGUAUGAGAGCUACUUCACCAGCUUUCUGCAGGUGGCCAGGUUCCUGUCUGCCCGGGACGCACAGUACGUCGAGCGGUCCUACCUUUUCACGGCCUGUGUCUCGGCCAUCAUCUGCGGAUUGCUCGUCAAAUGGACACGGCGAUACAAGAUCUGGCUGGUUGUCGGGAUAUUGUUACAUGCUGUGGGGACACUGCUGAUGGUCCGAAGCCGCAAGCUGGACAAUCCGAUGAUAGAGAUCGUGAUUUCGCAAGUCAUUGGGGGCUUUGGGGGCGGCUUCACGACGCUAGCCUCCCAGCUGGGAGUGCAAGCGGUGGUUGCGCACCAAGAUGUAGGCAUCUCGACGGCGGUCUUCCUGACGAUCACCCAGAUCGGCGGGGCGGUGGGCUCGAGUCUUGCGGGUUCGAUCUGGACCUCGCGGCUGGAGACGGCGCUAUCCGAACGUCUGCCGGCCUCAGAGCAGGGCAACAUCCCCAAGAUCGUCGGCGACUUGCGCUUCGCACUCACGUACCAAGGCGACAAGCGCACCAAAAUCAACGAGGCCUACGUCGACGUCCAGCGCAUCCUCAACUGGCUCGGCGUCUGGGCCCUCCUUCCCUGCUUGAUCUGCGCUCUCUGCAUGCAGAACGUCGACCUUGACUCCAAGGCGUCCAAGCGCAACCCCCAGAAGGGAGACCUCCCUCCUCCGCACGAGGAUGAUCUCCUUUCGGCUCCUCGUGACUCCAACGUUACUGCUGAGAACGUCCCCUUUUUAACCCGUUGGUCGAGUCUCUUCUGUCGUUAUCUCUCCCUUCCGGGAGCCUUUCUCAAGCGCAAAAUCUGA